CCAGGAAGAGACUGAUGUAUUAUUUCUCCCUUCUGUCGCACUGACUUAUCUUCUCUACUGGCAAAAGCAAUAAAGAACCAGCCAUCACUGAAGAACCGAAGAAACACUUUAAAGAAGAAUCUUUGUGAAGUUUGUUUCUGAAUAGAUAGUAGAUCUUUGUGAUUCUCUUGUGGAUUUUUCUUCAAAACUGUAGUUAAGAAAGUGAAAGUAAAGUUUAGAUCGCUGGAGCUCAAAGAGUGAAAAUGGCUUCUCUAUCUGAAGAUAGUUUUUCUUGUCCUGUUUGUCAGGAAAUCUUUAAGAAUCCUGUUCUGUUAUCAUGUAGUCACAAUGUCUGUAAAGAGUGUCUUCAGGAGUUCUGGAGAACCAAGAGAACUCAGGAGUGUCCCAUCUGCAGUAGAAGAUCCUCAAGAGAUGAUCCUAAAUUUAAUCUUGUGUUAAAAAACAUGUGUGAGUUGUUCCUGAAGGAGAGAAAUGAGAGGCGUUCAUCAGGAUUUGAGGAGAUCUGCAGUUUACACAGUGAGAAACUUAAACUCUUCUGUCUGGAGGACAAACAGCCGGUGUGUGUAGGGUGUAUGAAUUCACGAAAACAUUACAAUCAUAAAUUCAGACCCAUCGAUGAAUUGGUUUCAUCAUAUAAGGAGGAGCUUAAUACAGCACUGCAAUCAUUACAAGAAAAACUGAAACACAAUGAAAACAUUAAAGGAAAUUUUGAGAAAACAGUUGAACACAUCAAGUCUCAAGCUGAGCACACAGAGCAUCAGAUUAAACAGCAGUUUGAAAAGCUUCAUCAGUUUCUCAGAGAUGAAGAAGAAGCUACAAUCACUGCACUGAGGGAGGAAGAGGAGCAGAAGAAGCAGAUGAUGAAAGAGAAGCUGGAGGAGAUCAAAAGACACAUCUCAGCACUUUCACACUCAAUCAAAGACACAGAGGAGAUGAUGAAAGCCAGUGACGUCUGCUUUCUGAAGGAGUUUCCAGUCUCAAUGGAAAGAGUCAAGAUCUUAUCACAGCCGGAUCCACAGACUCCUUCUGGAGCUUUGAUUGAUGUGUCAUAUUACUUGGGCAACCUGCCCUUCAGAGUCUGGAAUAAGAUGCGGGACAUUGUCCACAAUACUCCUGUGAUUCUGGAUCCAAACACGGCUCAUCAAAAUCUCAUUCUGUCUGAUGAUCUGACCAGUGUGAGAUUCAUCUGGAACAAUCAACCUGUUCUUGAUAAUCCAGAGAGAUUUCACUGUUAUUCCUGUGUUCUGGGUUCAGAGGGUUUUAACUCAGGAACACACUGCUGGGAUGUGGAGGUUAAAGAGAGUAAAUACUGGAGUCUUGGAGUAACUACAGCAUCAAACCAGAGGAAGGUACAUGGUUUCUUCAACACUGAUGUUUGGUUUGUGGAGUAUGAUGAGGACGAACUGUUUUUGUAUGGUCAGGGUGGAAUGUAUAAAGGUUCUGGUGGUUUUUGUGUUGAUCAAAGGUUUGAUCGUGUGAGAGUGAAUCUGAACUAUGACAGAGGAACAGUGUCAUUCUCUGAUCCUGUAACUAACACACAUAUACAAACAUUCAACACCACCUCCACUCAAAUACUCUACCCAUUCUUCUAUAAUUGUCAUUCAUCUUCUUCUCUGAGGAUCUUAGCGAUAAAUAGUCAGUAAUCUGUAGCUCUGGAUCUUCCUGCUUUCAUCUUAUCUAUAUGUUGUUCUUGCAACAGCAGCAUAUCUUAAAUACUCACAGCAGUGUAUUGGUGUAUGUAUCGGCAGUAGCAUUUUCCUGUACUUGCUUUGCUUUGGAGCAGCAAUAAUCUACAACAACAGCAAUAGCCACCAGCAGCAGCAAUUCAACAGAAGCGCUUGCUAAAAUCUUAUGAGGAUUGUCAUGAUUGAGUGUGAGUGUGUGUGUGUUUGUGUGUGUGUAAGAGAGAGAGAGAGAGGGAGGGAGAGAGAGACCAUGGACCACAAAACCAGUUACAAGGUUCAGUUUGUUCAAACUGACAUUUAUACAUCAUUUGAAAUCCAAAUAAAAAUGCUUUCCAUUGAUGUAUGGUUUGUUAGGAGGACAAUAUUUGGCCGAGAUACAACUAUUUGAAAAUCUGGAAUCUAAGGGUGCAAAAAAAAAGAAAAGUAAAUUGCCCAAAUAAAGUCCUUAGUGAUGCACAUUACUAAUGAAGGGUUGGUGUUAAAUGCUCCAUAUUGACUUGCCACUGUAAUGACAUUGUGGAGAGUAGAUGAAGCUGAAAGUGGGAAUUAUAAGAUAUACACAGAGACCAGACUUGAGCCGGUAAUUCUCAAAAUUCUCAUUUUUAUUUACGAUUUUGCUGCAUCCACUCACAAAAAAAAUACAUUUUAAUAUAUUUACUGUAUGAAAUGUACAAAAUAUCUCCAUGAAACAUUUAUCUUUUUUUGGUAUAAAAGAAUCAUUUUUACCUAUAUACAAUGUAUUAUUGGCAAUUGCUAAAGCUAUACCUGUACUAUUUAUGACUGCGUUUGUGCUCCAGGGUUACUUAUAUUUAUAUGAAAUUUAUGGAAAAUGUAAAAAGUUCAUGGUUCUUCAUCUAAAACUAUUUAAAACUGGGGGAAGUCAUAACUUAGUGGUUAGAGAGUUUGUCUCCUAACCCUAGGGUUGUGGGUUCGAAUCUCGGUCCGGCAAUAACACAAUUAGGUGCCCUUGAGCAAGGCAUCGAACCCCCAACUGCUCCACGGGUGCCGCAGCAUAAAAGGCUGCCUACUGCUCCGUGUGUGUGUGUUCACUGCUCUGUGUGUGUGCACUUUAGAUGGGUUAAAUGCUUUCCAUUGAUGUAUGGUUUGUUAGAAGGACAAUAUUUGGCCGAGAUACAACUAUUUGAAAAUCUGGAAUCUAAG